AUGGCCACAGUUACCACCAUGUCCCCCCGUGACGUUCAGGCGACUUUCACCUAUGUGGACUUGAGCAAUCCCACUUGGGCAGACCCUAUUUCGUUUCCCUCAGACGAGGAACAGCGAAAGAACAUCAAAGAUCUCCCUGGGAACCAGAAGCCUGUGGUAUCUCGAGAAUUUGUGGUUAAGGACGUCAGUGCCGAGAUAGACAAGUUCACUCUCGAAACCCAUGGUUUCCAAUACGUCAAACAUCAAACCAAAGUGUCCAAAGCCGAGUUCGCCGAUGAUGAAAGGGUCAAGGCUGUUUUGUACCCAGAGGUCAUUGAUCUCGUUAAGAAGUUAACCGGAGCUUCUUAUGUUUACUGCUACGAUCACCAGACUCGCGGGCCCGUGAAGCCCAACGCCAACAAGGAAAUUCCAACGGAGAACCCUGUUCACUUUGUUCACUGCGAUCAGUCGUACGACGGAGCAAAGAUCAUUGCUCUGAGCCGUAUUCCGGACAAGUCGUUUGCGGAAAAGGUUGUUCAGGGGCGCUUCGCCAUCAUGAACGUCUGGCGGCCUGUCAAGACGAUCUACAAGGAUCCGUUCGCGUGUGCCGAUGCCACAUCCGUAGUCGAUGAAACGGACUUGGCUCCUAUGCCCAUCCAGGCGGAUGAACGUGUAGAGGAGGCCUGGGCUGUAGGUCCAAACGAGAACCAUCGCUGGUAUUUCAAGUACGCCCAGCAGCCAGACGAGGUUUUGAUUUUCAAAAACUUCGAUUCGCAUGGGCCCGUCCGAAGGAUUGUGCAUUCGGCUUUCAUCGACCCAGAACAUGCUCAAGGCUACGAUAGAGAGAGCAUCGAGAUGCGCUGCAUUGUCUCGUAUGACCAGACUCCUCCCAAGGAGGAUGCAUAG